AUGGAGGCAAAGAAAGAGAGAAAUGAGCAAUUAGAGACGGAAGUGACAGAAGAGAAGAAAUAUUCAUCAACAAAGGGUGUUGAUGAUCCAAUGGCGAAGAUUUUGAUACGUGAAACAAUAAUCAGUAGUGGUAAUGGUCAUAGUAGUGAAGAAAACAAGAUUGGUGUUCAAAAUCCUGAUGAUGUUCUUGCCUUCUCUAGAUCAGUUCACAAGACUGAUUCUUCACUUGAGUGA